GCUGGCUGAAGUUCAGGAAGUAGUGCAGCUGGGCAUAAAGCCUAUUUAAAGUGCCAAGAUAGAAUGCCAAUACGACGUGGUGACGUCACGGAUAUGCCAAUUACGUUAUAACGUAAUGUAGUGACAUUUGGCUACUUUUCAAGAAGCUUCUUUCCAUUAAAAAUAUUUGGCAACACUGUGACACCGACAGUGUCAAGAUGGUGACAAUCAGGAUGCAGUUUACACUUUAUUUGGUGUUGCUUUUAAACGUUUACAACAGUUUUGUGUCUGCAUUGUACUUUCAUAUAGGCGAGACGGAGAAGAAAUGUUUCACAGAAGAAAUACCGGAAGAAACCAUGAUCAUAGGAAACUACCGAACACAGCUAUAUGACAAGCAGAAAGAUGAGUAUUUGCCUGCAACUCAGGGACUGGGGAUGUUCGUGGAAGUGAAAGAUCCUGAUGAGAAGGUGAUCCUGUCCCGCCAGUAUGGAUCAGAGGGCAGGUUCACAUUCACCUCCCACACACCUGGAGAGCAUCAGAUCUGCUUGCAUUCAAAUUCCUGCAAAUUUGCUCUGUUUGCCGAUAGAAUGCUUCGUGUUCACCUGGAUAUCAAAGUUGGUGAGCAUACAAACAACUAUGCAGAAAUUGCUGCCAAAGACAAGGUCACGGAGAUGCAGCUACGAGUGAUCCAGCUGAUGGAGCAGGUGGAUCAGAUUCGGAAAGAGCAGAACUAUCAAAGGUAUUGUGAGGAGCGCUUCAGACAGACCAAUGAGAGCACCAAUCUGAGGAUUUUGUGGUGGGCCAUUUUCCAGGCACUCAUCCUGGUGGCUUUUGGAUUUUUGCAAAUGAGACAUCUCAAUGAUUGGAAAAAGUGUACUGAUAUCGGAGAUGUCCACCUCCCUACAGGCUACUAUUUUGGGCCCUCUGCAACAACAGGAGAUUUGUCUGACAACGCUGAUGAUCCAACGGGUAAUUUCCGAAACACACUUCUCACUGGCUGGAAGGUCUUCCCAGUGUUCAAAUUAUGUCAAAGCUUAUGGGGGGGUUCCCUAACCAAGCCCCCCCAUCAUUAUAGGGUUGCUGUGAUUUCACAAGGUAAGAUUUGAUCCUGGAUCAACAAUCAUCUGAUCCUGGUUUUAAUCAAAGAAACCCUAAGUUACCCUUAACUCAAACCAUUUUUUACCCCUCAAAUUAGUGUGAAACAGUGGCGAGGCCAGAAAUUUUAGUGGACCUUUGUCAGUCAGUGUUACACAUUUAUAACUGGACAUACCACCAAAUCUGAUUUGUAUUUACUUGUGCAAGGAGAUAAAUUCACAAAAGGACCGCAGUACGAGAUACAAAAUGACUUUUUACCUUUUAAAUGUUUAGGAUAUAAAGGAAAUCGGAAGUCAUGUAUUCUUGCAAGCUCAAUGGGAGAUUUUGCCUACAUUUUUAAUUUUUUCAUUAAAUACAUUUUGCUAAAUUUCUUUGCCCUUUGCAACAAAUAAUUGCAAGAUUGCGCUGAUUACCUUUUUUGGUUCUAAUAGGAAAUGUAGGCUAUAUUUUGUUAGAGAUCAAGCAGGCACUGACUGUAAAAUGAUGUUGGUUUUGGUGAAAAAAUAAAGCAGUUCUACCAGUGGACUGUUUGCACUUUUCUCUUUCCUGUGUGAUUUUUUUUAAUUUGUUCAACUAUCAUAGGAUGUUUAUACAUUUUACAACGGACUGAGCGUUUCCAGUUUUAUUCUGAGCUGUUAAAUGCUUUUACAACAUAUAUCUUUGUACUGCCAUGAUAGUUAAUUUAAGUCAUGAAAAUGUAAAUAUUUAAGUACAAAAAGAGAGGCAUAAGCCUCGUCCUCUUGCAUAAUUAAGGGCCUGUUUCUAUUUUUAAUUUUAAAUAAACAUUUUACUGUUAGUAAAACGUAUAGACAAUCCUUCCUUUUUUAUCAUUAAUUUUCGUUGUAUGCAUAUUUUACACACAUAUAACUAAUUGAAAGUUACGGACACAAACUCAUAAUAUAUAAGAAUGAAACAUAAACAAACAUUGACAUAACAUGUACUGUUGAUUUGACGUGGUAGGUUUGGUUAAUCGAUAAAACUACAAUAACCAUGAACCAUCUCGCUACUGGUGUAAAUCGCCUGUGAUUGGACGUCGGCCGACGAUGGAUAACGUGGCAUUGGUGUUUCUGCGCAUGC